AUAGAGGGAAUAUAGCUCCUAUGAUUCAACAAAAAUUAGAGGAUAACAAGAGAGAAGCAGAAAGUUGGCAUCCUGAAUGGAAUGGGGACACCGAAUACUCUAAAUUUGAGGUUUCAAGUGGUCCAUUUUUGAAGUAUGGUGUGGAGAUCAAAGACAGCCAUUGUGCUUGCAGAAAAUGGGACUUGACAGGUAUCCCAUGCUGUCAUGCAAUUGCUUGUAUGUGGUAUAAUCGCACCUACCCUGAAAACUUUGUGCACAACUACUACAAGAGGGAUACAUUUCUAGCAACAUAUUCCUACAUCAUUUUACCUAACAAUGGCCCAAAAUUGUGGACAAAUUACUCAAAUUCAUUUAUCAAUUUCAAGUUCCAUACAUAUGCACUAAAGGCACACACAGUACAAAUAAACCCCACAACCUCUCCUACUUCUACUACAUCAUCCUCUCACCCUAAUUCUACUUCAUCAUUUUCACCAUUAGAAUUGCACAUACAAUCAACAGGAACACAGCUACAGACCAUCCCAGCACACAACACUUGAUCAACAUUGCUUGGUUCUUCUUCAUCUCAUCUACUCUACGCAACAAGCCUGCAAUUAUUUUCUUGUCACGCGGGUUACCCUCCAACUCAUCAUACCACUGGAAGAAAUCACAGUGCCUCCUGUUCUGUUCCUGAGAAUAAAUAAAUUUUCCCAACAAUUUCAGUUCAAGCAAAACCAAAUUCACAACAAUUAAUCAACCUUAAACAAUUAAUCCAAAACAUUACCUUAAACCUGCCACAUCCAUAGAACCGCCUACCAAUAUUUCCGUUCUUGUUCGUCCAAGUAGUCACAACCGGGGCAACUUCUCCACACUUGCACAAAACAACGUUCCUCCUUCGACCGUAGCCACUGGAAACAGAGCUCCCUCCAGAGAAAUGGCUUUCCCCACCCAUGUAUGCCUCUUCUUCGUCUCGAGCCCUUAGCCUUCUCCCUUUCCCUUUCGCGAUUUGUUGAGCUCUCGUGCUCGUGUUCUUCGUCGCUCCUCUUCUUCGUCUUUCCCUUUCCCUUUCGCGAUUUGUUGAGGUCCCUUUCCCUCUGUGUUUCUAAUUUGGGGAUUUAUCCCCAAAUUGGGGAUUUAGGGUUAACAGGCACGUGAUUAGCACGUGCCCCUCUUUUUUCUUUUUUUUUUGUUAUUCAGUAAUUAAAAUCCACGUGGCAAAUAGGAAAAGCAAAAUAAAAUUCCACGUCAGCCCCUCCGUUAGUAAACUAACGUUGAACUGACAGAAGGGCAAACGCUACACUGUUUUGUUUCAUGGAGGGUACAAACGUUGACAAAAUUAGAAGAGGGGUAUCAUUUGCACUCCCAUGAAACAUCAGGGGCACCAAAUGCAUUUAAGCCUUUUUUAAACACUUCAUUUCCACCUAUUUUUGUUUCUAUCUCUCUCAUCUUAUCAUCUAUCACAUCUCAUACUUUCUCUCUCUUACUUUUUAUUUUCUUCCUAUCUCUCUCAUCCUCCACCUCUCUCCACCUCAUUUUUGAGGUGUCAACAUAUAAUCAAUAUACUCUAAGAAAAGAAACCCCUCCUGGGCCACGUGUCACGUUUUCCUUUUUUCUCUUUUACUAAAACUUUUUUCUUUUUCCUCUGAAGUUCCCGCUCUAUUUUCAGUCCAA